CAUGUUGAAGUUUCAGUGGAGGUUGGCUGUGAUUUUCUGACGCUGUAUGUUUCAAGGUUUGUUUUCGUCGAUUUUUAGUAUUGGUGACGUUCAACCAUACCAGUUGGAACCAUAAAUCGGAGUUCUAAAGAUGAAUUCCAGCGUCGACCUAUCCAGGCGCAAUCCGCAGGAGGAUUUCGAGCUAAUUCAGCGGAUAGGAAGCGGCACAUACGGAGAUGUCUACAAGGCCCGUAAUGUCAACACUGGGGAAUUGGCUGCCAUUAAAGUCAUUAAGCUGGAACCUGGUGAGGACUUUGAGGUGGUGCAGCAGGAGAUCAUCAUGAUGAAGGACUGCAAACACUCCAACAUCGUGGCCUACUUCGGUAGCUAUCUCAGGAGAGAUAAAUUAUGGAUCAGCAUGGAGUACUGCGGAGGAGGAUCUCUGCAGGAUAUUUAUCAUGUGACUGGGCCUCUGUCUGAGUCUCAGAUUGCGUAUAUGUCACGGGAAACCCUUCAGGGUUUGUACUAUCUCCACAACAAAGGCAAAAUGCACAGAGACAUUAAGGGAGCAAAUAUUCUAUUGACAGACAACGGCUAUGUGAAAUUAGCGGACUUUGGUGUAUCUGCACAGAUCACUGCCACGCUGGCUAAGAGGAAGUCCUUCAUUGGAACUCCAUACUGGAUGGCGCCAGAGGUGGCAGCCGUGGAGAGGAAGGGGGGCUACAACCAGCUGUGUGAUAUCUGGGCCGUGGGCAUCACAGCUAUCGAGCUGGCUGAGCUGCAGCCUCCCAUGUUUGACCUGCACCCCAUGAGGGCCCUUUUCUUGAUGACAAAGAGUAAUUUCCAGCCGCCCAAAUUGAAAGACAAAGUGAAAUGGGGAAAUAAUUUCCAUCAUUUUGUCAAAUUGUCCCUGACGAAAAAUCCCAAGAAGAGGCCAACAGCAGAGAAACUAUUACAGCACCCGUUUGUGUCACAGCCUCUCAGUCGAACCCUGGCCAUCGAGCUGCUGGACAAAUCCAACAACCCAGACCACACCACAUACAACGACUUUGACGAUGACGACCCAGAACCAGAGUCUCCAGUGUCUGUUCCCCAUCGGAUUCGCUCCACCAGCAGGAGCACCAGGGAAGGGAAGACGCUGUCUGAGAUCAACUUUGGACAGGUGAAGUUUGACCCUCCGCUCAGGAAGGAGACAGAGCCCCAUCAUGAGCCGCCCGACUCUGACCCUUUUUUGGACUGUGCAGAAGAGCUGUACUACACUGCGAGAUCUAAUCUGGAUCUUCAACUGGAGUAUGGACAGGAAUCUCCAAGCCUAAUGGGAGGAAACAAGAGUCUUCUCAAAUCAGUGGAGGAGGAGCUUAAGCAGAGGGGUCAUAUGGCACAUUUAGAGACCGAUGAGGAUGAUGAUGGUGAUGAAACUCAACACAAACACAGCACCAUCAUGAGGCCGAAAGUCCCACCCCCACUGCCCCCCAAGCCCAAGUCCAUCUGUCUGCCCCAGGAGAGCCCGUCCCAGGGAGAGGAUGAUGGGGGGGGGACCAUCAAGCGCUGCCCCGUACCUGAGAGCCCUGCCCGACCCACCUCCUCAAACGUACCCCCACGCCCUCCACCCCCACGCCUGCCCCCCCACAGACGCAGUAGCCUAGGUAAUGGAUUGAGCUCUCACCAGAAUGGAGAGAAGGACAGUGCUACUGAGAGGCAGUCCACCAUGCCCCCUAGUGUCCCCAUACGGAAAGACAAGAAGGACAUUACGAAGCCUAUCAGUAAUGGCCUCCCACCCACACCUAAGGUCCAUAUGGGGGCCUGUUUCUCCAAGGUGUUCAACGGCUGCCCGUUGAAAAUCCACUGUGCCACGUCCUGGAUCAACCCAGACACCAGAGACCAAUAUUUGAUAUUUGGUGCCGAGGAGGGAAUCUACACUUUAAACCUGAAUGAACUGCAUGAGACGUCAAUGGAGCAGCUCUUUCCCCGGCGAUGCACUUGGCUUUAUGUUAUGAACAACUGCCUGCUCUCUAUAUCUGGAAAAGCCUCCCAGCUCUACUCUCAUAACUUAGCUGGUCUAUUUGAGCAUGCCCGGCAAAUGCAGAAGUUACCCAUGGCCAUUCCCACACACAAACUCCCAGACAAAAUGAUUCCAAGAAAGUUUGCCAUAUCCAAUAAGAUUCCAGACACAAAAGGGUGCCAAAAGUGCUGCGUAGUGAGGAAUCCAUACACGGGUCACAAGUACCUGUGUGGAGCGUUCCAGUCCAGUGUGGUUCUGCUGGAGUGGGUGGAGCCCAUGCAGAAGUUCAUGCUUAUCAAGAACAUCGACUUCCCCCUGCCCUGUCCUCUGGAGGUGUUUGAGAUGCUGGUGGUGCCGGAUCAGCAGUACCCGCUCAUCUGUGUGGCCGUCAGCAAGGGCACCGAGCUCAGCCAAGUGGUCCGCUUCGGCACGGUCAACCCCAACUCAACCUCCUCCUGGUUCACAGAGGCCGAUACGCCCCAGACUUGUGUCAUCCACGUCACCCAGUUGGAGAGGGACACCAUCUUAGUUUGUCUGGACAGGUGUAUAAAGAUAGUGAACCUACAGGGAAGGUUGAAGUCAAGCAGGAAGUUGUCUGCUGAGCUGACGUUUAACUUCCAGAUUGAGGCGAUAGUGUGUCUCCAAGAUAGCGUUCUGGCAUUUUGGAGGCAUGGUAUGCAAGGGCGGAGUUUCAAGACCAAUGAGAUCACCCAGGAGAUCUCUGAUAACACACGGAUCUUCAGACUGCUGGGAUCUGACAGAGUGGUGGUGUUGGAAAGCCGGCCGACAGACAACCCCACAGCAGCCAGCAACCUCUACAUCCUGGCUGGACACGAGAACAGCUACUGAUCACAUCCUGGGAUCACAAGUCACUACAGACAGACACUACUGCUUUAGCUUCCCAGAAGACUGAUCCUUCGAGGGUCAGCGUCCAACUUGCCUCUUACUUCCUUUAACACCUUUAUUUAUUGUGGCAUGUAACAAAGACCCGGAUGACUUCUCUAUGAUUUCAUUUUAAAACGAAGUGUUGCCAUCACUGCAUCUUAACCCACACCACACAAGUGCUUAAUUGACCUCUAUUUAAUUGUAAAUAUAAAUGUAGUAUUUUUUCGCAGAAAGGGAACCUGGCUACUCCGGGGUUGUACACUAAAGACUGGUCAUGUAGAUACGUGUGCAUAGGUGUUCUGUACCGGUAUGGAGACUGUAAAGAUUUAAAGGGGUGGUUCAGGGGGUCAGUCUGAGCACUAAAAAGGACUUCCUGUUCUCUGAUCAUUAAAAAUGACUUCCUGUUCUCUGAUCAUGUGAUGAGGGACAGGAUUUUAACCCCUCUCUGAGGUUUGGCUAAGUCUGAGCAACAAGGAAGUACCACUUACUGGUAAUGUCAUUCUGCACGCAUCGUCAUCCCAAAUGUGGGAACUCCCUUUAUAGUUUGCUUUGAGAAAUAUCUAAUGGGAGAUCAACAGUUUAAUUCUUAGCUUCCAUUUGUAACUCUGAGAUGAACAUUUCAAACUGUUUUAAUUGCAGGCUUACCUCCCAGCUUAGUUGUAUGCUUUUUUUAAUACUGUGGAAUCACUGGUGUUAAAAUUUGCACAAAAAGGUAUUUGAAAAGAAAUGUGAUGUUGUAUGUAACUGUGUAUGUGCGUGUAAACUUUAAGUAUACAUACAUAUGUUCUCACAAGCUGUGACACAGGGGUUGCAUUAGGAUAUGUAUAAUUAUUAUAGAACACUCACUGAACAUUACUGAAAUACUAUAAUGAGACCGUGGAGGGAGAAAUGUCAAAGGUCAAACACUUAAACAGGCUCCAGCGGUACUGUUUUAAUCACCACAGUUUCAUCAUGUAAUUCUCAAUGAUAAUAUCGAUCAUAUACACUAUAGUCAAAUGGAGAAAACAAAACAUUCCUUACUGUAGGGCUCAGUGAAGAUGUAAAAAUAAUAUAAAUGUUACAUUUUUUUAUGUAAUGCCAAAAUGUGUUCUCGAUUUAUGGCCAAAAUUAGUACAGUGUCUCUACCUCGUGCAAUGUUAGGAGAAAAAAAAAGAAACGAGUUGUGUAGAAGAAGAAAAAUAAGUAAAAACACUACAGGAUUCAUGUUGGUUUUAAUUUACACAGUAAAAAUGUGUACAAACUAACUUCCUUUCUGCCGCAUUACCAUUUUCAUAUUGCAAUGCACAUUAUAUGUAUAUAGUGUAAAAUAAAAUCUGUUGGUUUUACAUACUGUAUAAUUGCCUAUAUUUUGUUUCAAAUGUGUAACAGAUUUAUGAAACAAGUUAACGCAUUAAAAGAAGGAACUGGA